UGAGUGCUUGAAAGGGGGACAAGAAGGUUGGUAUUAGGAGGAUUUCCCAUUCUGCACCUGGUGCUUCAGGACGAUGCCUCGGGUCCUGCUGCUCGCCGGCCUCCUCACCUCCGUCACCUCCGCGUCACCUGUGGCCCUAGAUCCUUGCUCUGCCUACAUCAGUCUGAAUGAACCCUGGAGGAACACCGACCACCAGCUACAUGAGUCUCAAGCUCAACCUCUUUGCGACAGCCACAUGGAUGGGGAAUGGUACCGCUUCACCGGCAUGGCAGGAGACGCCAUGCCCACCUUCUGCAUACCAGAAAACCACUGUGGGACCCAUGCCCCUGUCUGGCUCAAUGGCAGCCACCCCCUAGAAGAGGAUGGCAUCGUGCAGCGCCAGGCCUGCGCCAGCUUCAAGGGGAACUGCUGUCUGUGGAACACCACGGUGGAGGUCAAGGCUUGCCCUGGAGGCUACUACGUGUACCGGCUGGUCAAGCCCAGUGUCUGCUUCCACGUCUACUGCGGCCAUUUCUACGACAUCUGCGAGGAGGACUGCCAUGGCAGCUGUGUGCCCACCAGUGAGUGCGCCUGCCCAGCAGGAAGCGUGCUGGGUCCCGACGGGCAGACGUGCCUUGAUGAAAACGAGUGUGAGCAGAACAACGGUGGCUGCAGCGAGAUUUGUGUGAACCUCAAAAACUCACACCGCUGUGAGUGUGGAGUCGGCCGCGUGCUAAGGAGUGAUGGCACGACUUGUGAAGACAUUGAAGGAUGCCACAAUAACAAUGGUGGCUGCAGCCAUUCUUGCGUCCGGUCUGAGAACGGCUACCACUGCGAGUGUCCCCGGGGCCUGGUGCUAGCGGAAGAUAACCUCACUUGUCAAGUCCCCGUGUUGUGCACGUCGAGCAGCAUUGAAGUGAGUGUCCCCAGGGAGCUGGUUGGUGGCCUGGAGCUCUUCCUGACCAACACGUCCUGCAGAGGAGUGUCCAAUGGCACUCACGUCAACAUUGCCUUCUCCCUCAAGAGCUGCGGCACGGUGGUCGAUGUGAUCAAUGACAAAAUCGUGGCCAGCAACCUGGUGACGGGCUUGCCCAAGCAGAGCUCGGGGAGCAGCGGGGACAUCAUCAUUCGGACCAGCAAACUGCUGAUCCCGGUGACCUGCGAGUUCCCCCGACUCUACACCAUCUCCGAAGGCUACGUGCCCAACCUCCGCAACUCCCCGCUGGAAAUCAGGAGCCGAAACCAUGGCAUCUUCCCCUUCACGCUGGAGAUCUUCAAGGACCAUGAGUUCGAGGAGCCGUACAGGGAAGCCCUGCCCACGCUCAAGCUGCGGGACUCCCUGUACUUCGGCAUCGAGCCGCUGGUGCACGUGAGCGGCCUGGAGAGCCUGGUGGAGAGCUGCUUUGCCACCCCCACCGCCAAGAUCGACGAGAUUCUCAAGUACUACCUGAUCCGCGACGGCUGCGUCUCGGAUGACUCAGUGAAGCAGUGCUCAUCCCGGGAUCACCUGGCAAAGCACUUCCAGGCCCCUGUCUUCAAGUUCGUCGGCCAAGACCACAAGGAGGUGUUUCUGCACUGCCGGGUCCUGGUCUGUGGGAUGCUGGACGAGCGUUCCCGCUGUGCCCAGGGCUGCCACCGUCUAGCACGCCGUGCGGUAGGAGAAGGAGAGCCCUCAGCUGCUCUGCAGAGCCAGAUACUGACUGGUGGUCCUAUCAGCAUCAACUGGGAGGACUAGGCCCUGCAUCCAGUUGCCCUCCUCUCUGCAACUUCUCCCAACACCUUCCAGAAACAUCAAAGAACUUGCUACAAGACCACCUGACUUCCUUACACCACACACUGUGAGUUUAGAGGAUAUCUAGAAAUGACUUGCUGGUUCUGGUCCCCGGAUUGGUACCGGUCACGGCACAGCUCACCCAUGUGGCCUGGGUGGACUUCAGCUCCCCACUGUGGAGAGCUGCAUCGUCCAGCUCCCCCAUUUCUUCCUAUGAUUAAAUACCUCAUUUAUCAUAUAGUAGGGUCACUAAAAUCAGAAGCUGGGUAUAAUAUUUCACCUUAAAAGACUAAAACAAUUAGUUACUAAAAUUAUAUUUAAGUACCCAAUAACCCCCCCAAAUAUCCAAUUAAUAAAUAUGUCC